UAUAUCAAACUUUGAAUUCUACAACUGUUGCUGUUCAGUUUGACCUGAAACGCCGAAGAUGAUUAUGAACGGAGUGUGCAGUCUCCGCUCGUGCCUCCGUCUCCCGGAGCAUCAAAUAUUUCGUGCAGCCCCACUCUCCUACCAUUUCCGGCGCCGGUUUCUCGUCACCGCAUCAUUAUCGGAGAAAAAUAAAGAGAAGGUGAUAGUUAUUUCUGGACCCACCGGUUCCGGCAAAAGCCGUCUCGCAUUGGAACUUGCAAAGCGCCUCAAUGGAGAAAUCGUCAGUGCCGAUUCCGUUCAGGUGUAUCGGGGUCUUGAUGUUGGAUCUGCAAAGCCUUCCUUAAUAGAUAGAAAGGAAGUGCCGCAUCAUCUGGUUGACAUACUUCACCCAUCUGAAGAUUAUUCUGUUGGGCAGUUUUUUGAGGAUGCAAGGCAAGCGACAAGAUCUAUUCUUGACAAUGGCCGCGUUCCUAUAGUUGUUGGGGGCACUGGACUGUAUUUAAGAUGGUUCAUAUAUGGAAAGCCAGAUGUGCCUAAAUCCUCUACAGAGAUAACAUCUCAAGUAAGUAUAGAGUUAGCUGAAUUACAGAGAAAUGACGACUGGGAUGCUGCUGUUCAGUUGGUGGUAAAAGCAGGUGAUCCAAAGGUCCAACAUAUAGCAGUGAAUAAUUGGUACAAAUUACAGCGUAGUCUAGAGAUUAUUAAGUCUAGUGGAUCACCUCCUUCUGCUUUUCGGGUACCAUAUGAUUCUUUCAGGAAACAGGGUGAUUCUAGAGUUGCUGAUGGAUCUGAUUCAUCUGAUACAAACACUAAUUAUGAUGCAACGAAAGAAUCUGAUACAGCAAAAUUAGACUACGAUUUCAUGUGUUUUUUCCUUUCAAGUGACAGAGUUGACCUCUACAAAUCACUCGAUUAUCGGUGUGAAGAUAUGUUAUUAGGAGGGGAUAGCAUUUUGUCUGAGGCUCAAUGGCUUCUUGAUACCGGUCUUCAACCUAACUCCAACUCUGCAACAAGAGCAAUUGGCUACAGACAAGCCACGGAGUACUUACUAGGAUGCAGAGAACAAGGGGGUGAGAGUUCAGCCAGAGAAUUUUACAGAUUUUUGUCUGAAUUUCAAACAGCAUCACGGAAUUUCGCAAAAAGGCAGUUGACUUGGUUUCGAAAUGAGCGUAUAUACCAUUGGCUUGAUGCCUCUAAACCUCUGGAAACCGUUCUCAACUUCAUUCAUGAUGCAUACCAUGAUCAGAAUGGAAGUCUUUUUGUGCCUGAACACCUUAGAAUGUCAAGAGAUAUUUCUAAUACCCGAAUAGCUGGUAAACUAAAGACUUACUGCACGAAAAAUAAGCAUUUUGUGACCGGGGAAGAUUGUUAUCCUAUUUUAGAAUGGAUAAAGAAGACCCAAAAGUGAGGGAUAGAGAUUUUAUUUUACAUUCCCUUGAUCUGGCCGUAUAUUUGUAAUGAUAGAGGAUCAUGAUCAACUUUGCAGGUUAUAUAGAAAGUUUUGUUUUUGUUUUCCUUGCUUGUUAACCAAGUGUUCUCAAUUUUUAUGUAACUUAUUAAUUGGUAGAGUGACAACUGAAUUUAUAAGUUAAUUUACCUCCCUCCUUUUACACAAACCAGGUUCCUUGAUUUCUUCAUUAUGUUCGUUGAAUUCUAAAACAUUUGUUGUACUCAAUCAAUAUUAGGAAUUUAAUUUUAUAUUUAUUGGUUUUUGCUUUACCUUCCCACCUUAUCAGUAUAUUCUUGCUUCCCCUAUAACUUCCAAGGGUAGCUCCAGCACUACUAUGGCAUUGUUGAAAAAUGGUUUGAACUUCAAUACAUGGAACACAAUAAGAGGCAGUUCCAAUUGGAAGGGCACAUCACCAAUUGCCUUUACAAGUUUGUAAGGGCCAUAAUAGCAUUUUGAUAUCUUGUGAAUUCUACACCCUUCAACCGAUAUCUACCAGGUAAGGUCGUAGCUUCACAAAAACCAAGUCACCUACCGCACACUUGUGUCGAACACACUUAUUGUUUGCAUUUUCAUUCAUGAUUGCUUGUGCUUUUGGCAACUUAUUCUUCAAUUCGUGCAACACUACGAUUCGAUUUACGAGAGUGGUAUCCAUAGCAAUCAUGUUGUCCUAGCUAAAUUCUGUAGAAAGCGGGGCGUCCUACCAUAAACCACCUGAAAUGGUGAAACCCUAGUCAAGGAGUGUGUUGCUGUAUUGUAGAGCCACUUUGCUCAAUGGAGAUUAGGGCUGUUAAAAAAAAACUGCGAACCGAACUGAACCGCCAAACUGAACUGAAC